AUGUUCCCCACAGACGUUUAUCGAAAAGUGUUCUGUCCUCGCAAUGAUUGCAAGCGGCCACACUGUCCGUUCUAUCAUGGAGGAUCCACGAAUCAUCAAUCCAGCCUCGAUGUGAAAAGUCAUCCAUGGUUGCACAAAGGCUCAUCACUAUGGAAGCUCUCUCACUUCGAUUUUGUACCCGUGCCAGGAACAAAGUGCAAUAUCGAGAUUCCUGAUUCUGGCAGUCCAUCGAUUGUGAUAAAGCCUAUCGCGCAAACCGACGAGCCACCCAUGGAAAAUGGAAUUGAACAGAUACCUACUACAUCAAAUGCACCGCAAUUCUUUCCCAGCGCGCAACACUUUGGAUCAACUCCACCGAGAUACGAGCAAAUCACACCGGUUUAUACACCAUCGUUUGCAAUCCACGCAUCAUUAACCAAUCAUGUUAUUAAAGAUGAACCAAAUAAUGAGGUCAUAUUUAUGGGAUUAGUGGAAAAGAAGCCAGCAACACCUGCCGUGUCUGACAUGGUUACGUCAACAACUGAUGACAGUGUGGCUCUUCUCGACAAAAAGCUGGCUGAAGAAAAGCGAAUUAUUGCCGAGAUGGAAGCAAAAUUGGCCGAGUAUGAAGAAAUUGAGAGAAGAAAAGCUGAGCUAAAAGCUAAAUUGGACAAUUUGAUGCUCGGGAAAAAUCAGGCGGAGCCGUCGUCUCCUCUUCCAGGAUCACCUCAGCCACAGAGAAUUCAAGAAGUACCUCAGCAACAACUUUCCGAAAAUAGCAUCUCCGGCCCACUUCCAGAAGCACCUCAACCUCAACAACCAAAAGAGAUCCCACAACGACUACCUUCUGUGGAACGAGAAGAAGUCUCACGACCUUUGAAGAAGAAACCGGCAAUUGAGGUCAUUGAAGAGGAUUUCUCUGAAGAUGAGCUCAAACCACCGCCACCACCGAAACGAGCAAAACUCAAUUCAAAUAAGAAAGCAAAGGCGAUUGAGUUUCCACCAAGAAAUGCUUACGUACCGACUCCAUUAGAGGAACUCAAGCGAAUCGAAGAAUUGAAAGAGAAGCGAAACGUUUUUGAAAAAAACUACUCGACAGAUCAGAAGAAAAUCGGCGAGAAACGGCCGUCAACAUCGUCUCAUCAACCAAAACCGCUUUUUGAAGACAGGAAAAGAAUUUCGACCACAGAUGAAUUCAUGCAGGAUUUGUUUGGCGAAUCUGACGAUUUUGCCAAGCCGAAAUCGAUUUCGAAGAAAGAUGCUUCAAGGGUGGCCCCAAGUAAUAGCGAUAAUGGAAAAUUGCCAAAGAAAACGGUGACGAUUCACAAAACCGGAUCCGCUUCGACAUCAAAACACGACGAGAUCAAGAAGAAGAGUGACCUCACCGAAGCGCAAAUGAAUGCCGCCAAGAAACUCGGCUCUCAGCAAGCUCAGCGGCCAAUCCGCCCAGUGGAUCACAUCAAAAAGCCACCAAAUCCAGUCGCACAAUUGGGAGCACGACUGGAGAAAGCGGCCAAAUUUGCUUCAACCGCGCCCAAAACUGGUUCAUUCACGGGCCACGAGGGAAAAGGAAGUUCACGAGUUGCACAUGUACCGACUACAACAAGUUCCACACCGCGAUUGCUUGAGCCAACUUUGCGAUCAUGGGCGCCAAUGCGAACGCGUCUCACUUGCGUAAAAAGUCUUUAUGCAGAAAUGGAGAAGAAGUAUGGUUCACAAGCGUCAAUGGAAGAGGCUAUGGAAGAAGAACUGAAAAUUUUAAAAAGUUCUAUGCACUUGAAAGGAUAUGAACAAAAGAUUGUUUCUGCGAGAAUUAGAAUUCGUGGCGCUAGUUCAUCGAGUUCGAACAAGAGAUCCGUUUCCCACCAAGCGAAUCUGAUUGGACCAAAGGCUAGCGAAAUCUCAAUGAACAUCAAGGAUAAACGAAAGAGUGUCGAUAUGGACCCGUUGAAAAUGACUACAGAAAUGUUCUACAACAACAUGGAGAAAUACAUAUCAACUGCCGAUCAGCUGCAAAAGAAUUGCUAUCCAAACUGGAUUGACGAUGAGAAGAUUCAGGUUGCCAUCCCGGAAAGUCAAUGGGACACGGCACCUGGAAGAGAGGGACGAGAUAAGCGAUUUAUUGCGGAUUAUAUCCUCGAACGUCAUUGUGCUCGUUGUGGACAGCGUUUUUUCCUGAACAAGAAUGGGGAGAUUGUUGAUUCCCAAUGCUUCUAUCAUCCAUUGAGAAUGAGGAAGAAAAGAGAGAAUAAAGCUUUGGUCUCGUAUUACCCGUGUUGCGAUGCGCAGAAUGACGGUAUGGGUUGCUCGGUGGCUCGAGGACACGUCUCCGAAUCGCUUCGACAAUCGGAUUUGCUGCGUUUCAGAGAAUUCGACAAGCCCACUGGUGACGAUGAUCCACGAUCAAAAAAAGUCUACGCUCUCGACUGCGAAAUGGUGUACACGGUUUGGGGACCGGCUCUUGCUCGAGUCUCGGUUGUGGAUCGAUUCGACAAGCUGGUUCUUGAUGUCAAAGUCCUCCCAGACGAUGCGAUAGUUUGUCCAAAUUCAAGAUUUUCCGGUUUAACGAUCGAUGAACUGAAGAAAGAGGGGAAAACUUGGGAUGCGGCACAGAAAGCGCUCGAUCGUAUCAUCAACGAUCACACGAUUCUCAUUGGACACUCGCUUGAAAGUGAUCUCAAGGCGAUGCGUAUUGUACACAAACGGGUGAUCGAUACGGCACAGGUUUUCCCUCACAAAUUUGAGAAUCACAAAUGGUCGCUGAAGGAUCUCGCCACCGAGAAGCUACUAAAGAUUAUUCAAGAGGAUGUGAAUGGACACGACAGCAAAGAGGAUGCGUCAACGUGCAUGCAGCUGAUGAUGUUUCGGGAAUUUGGAAAAAAC